CCAGGACAACACCUUUGGCGAUCUCUUAGAAGCCAACAACGUCUCAGCGUGGCUGUCAGGGCACGCGGGGAGAGGAUCUACCUACAUCCGACCAAUACCCGGGCACGAGACUAAGCUGCUAAUCCUAGACACCUUCGAAGAGCACGACAUCUACCGCGUUGCUGCGUUUGACAAUGAUCUGUUCUCAUUCAUGGAUUGCCACCAAGAUAUAUGGCCGUGUGUGCUUAUUACCAACCCAAAGAAUGCGAUGUUGAUUGCGUCCACUGAUCCUUUGGGCCGUCUGCGCGAGUCUACGCAUGUGCGCGUGCUAGUUUUUACAGACAGUGCCAAUCCAAUCAG